GUAUCCCCUCCAUCCUGGCCUCCCCCAGCCCUGCUGCCGGAUGUGGUGAGGCCCAGGUGUGCGUGGGGGGUCUGAGCCACAAGAACUGUUGGCAAUGAACUCCCAAACUCAAGGAGAGAAGUUCAGGUGGGUGGGGACAGUGUCACUGAGCUGGAGCUGCCCCCGCCCUGCCCCUAGCUGCAUGGGAUUUCAGUCUCCCAGCCCCCAGUCUCCUGAGGCCCUCCUCUGUGCCCUUUGAAAGACCCUUCCAGCUCCCCCGCAGACAGCUAUGUCCAGAUCGUCUUGGAGAGUGACAGCUGGGACCUGUGUAGAGCCCACAGCCCUUCUGGACUUGUCGGCUCUGAGCUCCUCACAGCAGUGUGCCGUAUGCCUGGUUGUGUUCACGGGACCGUGGAACCUGUGCAGUUCCACUUCGUGUGAGAAGGAGCUGGAGCUUGUGUGCGCUAGGGUCAGAGCACAUGCAGGAGAAAAGCCCCGAAGACUCCAAAGAUCCCUGGGGCCACAUCACCCUCUCAGUGUCCCCAUUUGUAAGGGGGAGCACAUCAUGGAGCAGCACCCGUCCACACUGGCUCCAAGGCUCCAAGGCUAUGCCACUGUCUGGGCAACUUGGCUGAGGCCCCGCCCUCCCUCGCAGGCCAGUCUGGAGGCUGAGGCAGCAAAGCCCACAACAGAGCCAGGGAGUCUGGGCCACAGAUCCCAGAGGCUGAUAUGAGCUCUUAUCUUUGGCAUCGGCCUCCAAAUGACUUAAUGCUGAUUCCAGGGGCAAAUUACAGAGUGUGCAGAAGGACAGUCAGAUCUAGUCUUGCUGUUGGGCUGGGAGUCACAGCCUUCCAGCUCCGUGGGAGAACCCCAGCCAGGUGUGAUCCCCGAUUCAGGAGAACUCAG